CCCAUUCAAUAUCGAGCUUCCAAUUCUUUACCACAUUCUUCCGGGCAUUCAAAACAUACUAGAGCUUUGGUAUCCCUACAUCAUCGAAAGCGAUGGAUAGCAAAUUUGGCAGAUCUCUCUCGUCAGCCCUCUUCACCUUCAUUGUUGGCCAGGGAAGGAAGGAGAUUACUGUGCACUCCGCCCCCCUCGCCGACCUGUCGCCCACGCUCGACAGCCUCAUGAAUGGUGGAAUGCUUGAGGCAAAGCUUCGUCAAGCCGACUGGUCGGAGGUUGUCGAGGAAGAUACAUUCGUCAGGCUGUGUGAAUACGCCUAUCGGGGUGAUUACAAGCCACCGCGAUGUGUGGAUAGAGGAGCAACGUUGGAUAACCCAGACGCCAACGCUGAAUCUGAAGAACCCGCUCGGGGUCAUUUGACAUCGGCCGCAAAGAAAAAGUCAAAGAAGGGAAGGGUCAAGAGGAACCAUAUACGAGACGAUAUCCCGGCACCCCAACCCGUGGAAGACGCUGCGGCGGACUCAAUAGAGGAACCAGCGGCCGCCGAGCCAGAGCCCGUGCCUGAGGAGGAGGAGCCUUAUGAUUCUUUCAACGGGCACAUCUUACCCUAUAGGGAGAAGAGCAUCUGGAGCCGACACCUUAAAGACAGGUUCGAAAAUCUCAAUCAACUAUAUGCAAACGCAUAUAACAGCGCCCUACCCUUGCAGAAAGUCGAGUUUGCUCCCAAGGGGAAUUCUGACCCUCAGGAGGAUUUCGCGCCUGUUUUCCUCGGACAUGCAAAGCUAUACAUAUUGGCUGAUACGUACAAUAUUCCCUCUCUCGCAGCGCUGGUACUGCAAAAGCUGGCAAUAACGCUAGGGGAUUUCAAAUUGAGUGAAGAUAACAUAAGUAAUGUCAUUGAGCUGGUUCAAUUCGCCUAUCAACACACACGGGCUGACGACGCUCUAAGAACAUUAGCUACAACGUAUGUUGUAUCUGUGCUUGGUCAGAUAGGCGAAAUCAGCGCUUUCCGAGAGUUGCUAGCAGAAGGUGGGGAUUUUGUUCAUGAUUUCUGGCAGAGUGUAUGGGGUUGAUGUUCGAGUAUUCGCCAAUGACCUUCGGCACCGCUAGGAUUCUAUACGCCAGUAUAAGUCAGACGGCAAACAUGGGGGUUUGAAGAGCUUUGGUUGGAGGUGUUCCUUUUGCGAUUUAUCAUUCUUCUCGUCAAGGUAGAUACACUAUCAAGGCUGGUACAUUCUUUACUAUGUGAUCUGUGGGUUAUAUGUUCCUCAUGAUUGGCGGUAGACACAAGUAUUUGAUUGGUUGAAUUGAAUGAGCCGUUGGGCAAAGACUACUUCCAG